AUGCUCCGCCGAUUCCUGGACCGGCCUUGCACCCUGGCUCUCCUGAUUGGCUUCCAGUUCCUCUUCAUGGCCUACUUUUCCUUCGGCGGCUUCCGCAACCUGGCCUCCAUCUUUGGCCGGGACACCAACCCCUCCUUCGACUAUUCCCGCACGCACGACGUCUACACCAACUUCAGCCUGGUCUUCCAGCUGCCCCCUCGGCCCAGCACCAGCAGACCCUUGCCCUACUGCCCGGAUCGGUCCCCACACCUGAUUGGCCCUUUGAUGGUGAGUUUCAGCCAGGUGCCCACACUGGAGAAGAUUCAGGAGAAAAACCCGGCCAUCGAAUUAGGAGGCAGAUACCGUCCUUUCAACUGUGAGUCCCGCUCCCGGACGGCCAUCAUCAUCCCCCACCGCAACCGGGAGACUCACCUCCGACACCUGUUGUACUACCUACACCCUUUCCUCCAGCGCCAACAGCUACAUUACGGAAUUUAUAUUGUGCACCAGGCCGGGAAUGCCACUUUCAACCGGGCCAAGCUUCUCAACGUGGGCGUGAAGGAAGCCCUGAAGGACGAAGAAUGGAACUGCCUUUUCCUUCACGAUGUGGAUCUGAUCCCGGAGAACGACCACAACCUCUACGUGUGCGAUCGUUGGAACCCCAAACACGUCUCCGUCGCCAUGAAUAAAUUCAAAUACAAGCUCCCGUAUUUCCAAUAUUUCGGUGGGGUCUCAGCCUUGACCCCAGACCAGUAUCUGAAGAUUAAUGGUUUCCCCAACCAGUACUGGGGCUGGGGCGGGGAGGACGAUGACAUCGCCAUGAGGGUGCGCUUCCGAGGGAUGAAGAUUUUACGGCCUCCGGUGUCCGUCGGCCAUUAUAAAAUGGUGAAACACGAAGGCGAUCAAGGCAACGAGCAAAAUCCGCACAGGUUCGAUCUGCUGAUCCGGACGUACCGGACGUGGUCCCAGGACGGCAUGAAUUCUCUCUCCUACAAGCUCCUGUCCAAAGAACUGCUGCCCCUUUACACCAACAUCACCGCCGACAUUGGCACCAACCCCAAGGCCACCAAGACCGGAAAGGGCUCCUUGUCUGAUUUUGUCGAGAGGGACUAUCCGCGAGACAGCAAUCACGAUUUCCGUCAGGAGAUGCUGCGUAAGACCCCCUUCGCCAAGCUCUCCCAAGCCAUGGGAUGGAAAGACCCCCCUGCGGUGACGGAAAAAAAGGGGGAGAGGCCAUCCCCAAUCUCAGCAAACCCCAAACCGAGCCCCGGAGCCCAAAAGUGGGAGAAAGGCACUGUUGCUUCGACCUACAACGAGAUGGACGCUACGCUCGAAACAUUCAGCGAGACCGUCCGCAGCCCGGAAGUCACCAAACGAGUUUUCAAGGAUAGCACGGAGACCGUCCGACCCGAAGGAGCAGGCCCCGCUUCGCCGCAACCCUCGAUCGGACAUACUGCACAGCGCUCAGCGACCCGACCCGACUCUACAAAUCACACGGAUGCCAGAACCGCGGAUUAA